CUCACUCCCUCGCCUCGAGUAGCGCAGUAGCUAGUGAGUAGCAGAAGAGAGCAGUAUCUUAGCUGGAUGCCUCCUCUCUCUGUCUCUCUCCCUCAAAAACCCCCAAUCCUCCCUUUUCCCUUUCUCUUUCACUCAGCUCUCAUCUGAGCUUUGAGAGAGAAACGUAACAGAGUAUUUUUCACAUUUCCACACAAUGCCCUUUCCUUCCUACUUCAUCUUCUUCUUCCUCCUCCACCGCCGCUCCGUCGCCUUCCCCGUCCGCCGCAUUCUCCACCAGCCUUUCUUCCCCGUCGACACCCUCCCUCCCGCACCUUCCCCUUCCUCCCUCCCUCCCCCUUCCCCGCCGGCCAAGCUCCCUUUCUCCUCCUCCCCCGGCACCCCAACCACCACCAAUCCAAAUUCCCCAUUCUUCCCAACCUACCCUUCCCCGCCUCCACCGCCGUCUCCCUCCACAUUCGCUUCCUUCCCCGCCAACAUCUCCUCAUUGAUCCUCCCGCAAUCCCCUUCCUCAAAGCCCUCUCCUUCCUCCUCCCACAAGCUCCUCGCCCUUUCUCUCUCCUUCCUCGCCGCCGCCGUCGUCGUCUCCGCGGUCCUCGCAUUCUGCUUCUGCCGCCGACGCCGGACCGCCAACAGCCCUCCUCCCAGUCACGAUGCCAAAACCCACGCCUCGUCCGACCGCCAGAGCAGUACCAGAUUCUACGCUGUGAAUCCGGAUCGGGGAUCCGGAUCCAGGCAUAAAUUCCGCCCGACGAAUACCAGUUCAGAGUUUUUGUAUCUUGGGACGCUUGUUAACUCCCAUGGGAUUGGGGAUGGUGGCGGGUCGAAUCCUGCUGCGAUUGAGUCUCCGGUUGUGGGGAAGAUGGAUUCGCCGGAGCUCCGGCCGCUCCCGCCGCUGAAUCAUCAUGGCCGGAAUCCGGAUGGUUUUGGGUCCCCUGAGGAUGGCGAGGAAGAGGAGUUUUAUUCGCCGAGGGGGUCGUUGGGCGGCGGAGGGAGGGAUGGUUCGGUCGGGGCGAGAUCCGGGUCGAGGAGGAUGUUUCGGGCUGUGGGUGGACCGGGUCCGGAUUUUGGAGAAGGAGGGACUACUGAUUCGACUUCUUGCUCUUCCGAUUCGUCGUCUGGAUCUCCGGCGAGGUCUCAGUCGGUUAGCAUUUCUCCCCCCGUGAGUUUGUCCCCGCGGAAGAAUAGCAAGUCGUCUCCUGAAUCUGCUCGGGUCGUUUAUCCGGGUCCGGGUCCUGCGCCUGCUCCGCCUUGCCCGCCGAUGCCGCCGCGGCGGAAUGAGAAUGAGUUGUUGUCGUCUGCUUCGCCGUCGUUGUCUGCUUCGUCUUCCCCGAGGAUUUCUUUCGAUAUCGAGCAAAUGAAGCGAAUCUCGCCGGAUCGGAAUGUGAGGUCGCCGUCGCUGUCUCCGGCGAGGAUUCUCAAUCAGAAUCAGCAACAGAUGGGGAAGCUUUCUUCUUUAGGUUCCCCUGUUUCUACUGCAUCGGCUGCUUCUUCGCCCAAGCUAUGGAACGCUCUGAAUCAAAAUGUGCGGUCACUGUCGGUUUGUUCUUCUUCCGCUGCGUCAUCGGACAGAGUUUCAUCUUCGUCGGAGAAAUCUCAAUCCCCCCGAAUGUCCAAUGAUAUGGAGCCUAACAAUGCCCAGCCGUCAUCGUUGCUUUCCUCCGCUUGGACUUCUCCUGAAAGACAUCCACUUUCCUCUCCGUCCGCCAUGGCCGUUAAAAUGUCGUCGUCAUUCUCAUUAGCUUCUUCAUCGCCGGGUUUCGAGAAGAGCCCUGAUCGGUCUUCGGCUGACGUAUUGAACGUCUCCGGGCUGAAUGUUAAGAUGAGCUCUGUUCUUGGUCAGCCUAUUUCAGCUCCGCUGCCGCCCCCUCCUCCUCCUCCGCCCCCACUACCGCUGAGACAGAUGGAAUUUUCUCCGGUGGCAUCGACACCAGAAGGCAAGUUAAUUUCGACUUCGGCAGCUGCCCCGCCGUUGCUUAUACCCCCGUUCAGGCCGUUUGUGCUGCAAACGCCGCCGACGAAAGUAUCUCCUAUUCAACUGCCUCCGAAUGCUGAAGCAGAGGAUCACUUCCAAGAGACUCCCAAACCAAAGUUGAAGCCUUUACAUUGGGACAAAGUUCGAGCUAGCUCCGAUCGAGAAAUGGUUUGGGACCAAAUUGGGUCGAGCUCGUUCAAAUUGAAUGAGGAGAAGAUCGAGGAAUUGUUUGUGGCAAAUGCCCCGAAACCAAAGCCAUCACCAGGAACUCCAACUCCAUUCAAUCUAUUUGGAAAUCAGGAAAAUAGGGUUCUUGAUCCGAAAAGAGCACAGAACAUUGCAAUCUUGCUGAGAGCUUUGAAUGUCACCAUAGAGGAAGUCUGUGAAGCUCUCUUAGAGGGUAAUACUGAUACUCUUGGAACUGAGCUGCUGGAGAGCUUAAUGAAGAUGGCACCUAGUAAGGAAGAGGAGCGAAAGCUGAAGGAGUAUAAUGACGAUUCACCAGUGAAGCUCGGUCAUGCAGAGAAGUUCCUCAAGGCAGUCCUCGAUGUCCCGUUCGCCUUUAAAAGAGUCGAUGCAAUGAUGUACAUGGCCAACUUUGAUUCCGAGACUGAGUAUCUCAGGAAGUCCUUUGAAACCCUCGAGGCAGCAUGUGAAGAGCUGAGGAGCAGCAGGAUGUUCCUGAAGCUUCUGGAAGCCGUGCUCAAGACAGGAAACCGUAUGAAUGUUGGGACAAACCGUGGUGAUGCUCGUGCUUUCAAGCUUGACACGCUCCUUAAGCUGGCCGAUGUUAAGGGCACAGAUGGCAAGACGACUUUGCUCCAUUUCGUGGUACAGGAGAUUAUAAGAACUGAGGGAGCUCGUCCCUCCUUGGAGGGACACAUGAAUGGCGCCCCCUCAUCAUGUGAUGAGGUCAAGUGCAGGAAACUUGGGUUGGAAGUCGUGUCAAGUUUAAGCUCGGAGUUGAGCAAUGUGAGAAAAUCCGCUGCUAUGGACUCCGAUGUGCUCAGCAGUGAGGUCGCCAAGCUUUCUGUCGGCAUCGAGAAGAUAAUCGAGGUAGUGCAGUUGAACGAGACAUUAGGGUUGAGUGGAAGUGGGAAGUUCUCAGAGUCGAUGAACAAGUUCUUAGAAAUGUCCGAGGGGGAGAUCAUAAGGAUUCAGGCGCAAGAGAGCGUUGCAUUGUCAUUGGUGAAGGAGAUUACAGAAUACUUCCAUGGGAACUCGGCGAAAGAAGAAGCUCACCCUUUUAGGAUCUUCAUGGUUGUGAGGGACUUCCUUUCGGUUCUCGAUAGGGUUUGCAAAGAAGUUGGAAUGAUAAACGAACGAACGAUUGUUAGCUCAUCGGUGUAUAAGUUCCCUGUUCCGGUGAAUCCGAUGCUGGCUCAGGUGCAAUGCAGUUCAUUUUCCGAGGAUGAAGGUCUGUAUCUUUGCCCCUCUCUAUGGUUGGUCGGGCGACCUAAGGUUUACUCCCCUCCGAUUCCUCUCUAUCUCCCCUCACUUUCCUCUUUCACCGAGUUCUCAACACUUUGGAUAGAUGAACUGGGUGCGCUGAUGAAGGCAAGCGCCGAUGUUCAGAUUGGAAGAGGGAAAAAGCUCGGCGGCGACCAAGGAGGGGCGAAAGACCAGAAAGCAAAAGAAAAUCCACCGAGAGAUACUGUCUUGCAAAGGAACAAGUUUCGGCAACCAUUGUGGAGGGACCCAGGACAAGAAAAAGAAAGUGUUAAGGUGUACAAGCCUAUGAAAGUGGAAGGAGAUGCUCAAGAAUGUUCUGGAUGCUCUUAACGUCGUCACCCUUGACUAUCAUUAUGUGUUUGGAAGAAUGUGUUUGGGAAAAGAGAGGGAUCCCCCUAAAGAUGAAAGACUGGUCCGAUUUCACAAAGAAGUGUGAAACAGGCCACAAAGAAGUUCCCUGGGACAUCCUCUAAUCUUUGCUGGGAAAGCCAUGGGGAAGGUUGAUAAAUAUUCUACCAUUCAUUACAUAUUCUAAUCGAACGGCUGAAACACCAAUAACAGGUAACAUGUCAUUAUGAUUACCACUCCAACAAGUUUCUUUCCUUAUAAACUAUUUUCCUUUGUUCUGUUCAAGAAUGAGCUGCAUGGUGGAUGCCAUGGUGAGGUGGACGUUGCAGCUUCAGCAGUAGUAUGCCUAGGGUGCCCACUUAGGGCUUGCUAUCUUAUUCAUCAUUAUCUUCUUUCUUCAUUUCCAAUUAUUUGGAGACUCUUAGUUGUAUUACUUGGAGCGUUUCUCCUGUCAUGCAUGUAUGAUCAAGGAUGGUUGCAAAAAAUAGGCUAUGCUAAACCAAGUACUUCCAGUAAUGAGCAGGUCACUAUUAGGUGCUGACUACGAACUUUACCAGUGCCACUAUAUGAUGCUGGAUGGGGAGGUACGUGGUUAAGGAGUUGGUGAAGGGAGACCCCUUCUCCUGCCAUCUCUACGGGUUUGACGUUUCCGAGAUGCAAAGGAGUUUACAAGGGCGGUGAAGCUGCACAAGGUAUACCGGAGUUGCAAGGUGACACGGUGGCUUGCUAAU